ACCGUGAUGGUUGGAAUGAGGCUACAUCGCUAGGAACAGAUAUAGAUAGGAUUCCAACAGUGAAAAGAAAAGCGAAAACGAGCAAUUGCCAACACGGAUUUCCUGUGGGAUAAACACACAGGCCUGGCUGCUAAAACGAUGCCACACUCAAGACGGUACCCGUCCUCAGAACUGGCCAGCCGGAGCAGCUAUCAAGACCGAGACAGAGGACGCAAGCAGAGGCAACGCAGAUCGCCCUCUUUUUCCUCUAGCAGUGACCGGGAAAGGGACAAAGACCGAAGGGGACGGGGAAACAGACAGGAUGGAAGCUAUGCUCGCUCUAGGAGCUACAAUAAUCGCUCGGCAGACCGYAGGCCGUACGACAGACGCUUCUGUGAGGGCUAUCGGCGCCUGGACCAGAGCCGCGAACGAGACAGAGAUCGCGGAAACAGGGAUAGGGAACAUGGAGGAGCAGCAGCCGACGGUUACUACGCACCUGACUUAUCACCGAGCAUGUGCGACUACCGGCGGGGUCGUGAGAGGGAACGGGAGGAGUCAUACCGAAGGAAGGGCAGCAGGCGUAAGCACAAACGAAGGCGGCGUAGAACCAGGUCCUAUAGCCCAUCCUCGUCGCGGAGCGACAGCCGGACGCGGGCACUGAGUGUGAGGGACGACGAGGAAGGGCACCUGAUCUGUCGGAGUGGGGACGUCCUGCAAGAGAGAUAUGAGAUUGUCAGCACUCUGGGGGAAGGCACCUUUGGGAGGGUGAUGCAAUGUAUUGACCAUCGCCAGGGAGGAGCCACUGUUGCUCUGAAGAUCAUAAAAAAUGUGGAGAAAUACAAGGAAGCAGCUCGUCUGGAGAUCAAUGUGCUGGAGAGAAUCAAUGAGAAAGACCCGGAAAACAAACACCUGUGUGUGCAGAUGUAUGACUGGUUCGACUACCACGGACACAUGUGUAUCUCCUUUGAGUUGCUGGCCCUCAGCACCUUUGACUUCCUCAAGGAGAACAACUACCUGCCUUACUCCAUCGCCCAGGUCCGACACAUGGCCUACCAGCUAUGCCUGUCUGUCAAGUUUCUUCAUGAUACCAAGCUGACACACACAGACAUGAAGCCAGAAAACAUCCUGUUUGUCAAUUCCGACUUCACCAUGACCUAUAACGUAGAGAAGAAGCGCGAAGAGCGGACCGUGAAGAGCACGGAUGUACGGGUGGUGGACUUUGGCAGUGCCACGUUUGACCACGAGCACCACAGCACCAUMGUCUCCACACGGCACUACCGCGCCCCAGAAGUCAUACUAGAGCUGGGCUGGAGCCAGCCAUGUGACGUGUGGAGCAUCGGUUGCAUCCUGUUCGAGUACUAUCUAGGCUUCACCUUGUUCCAGACUCAUGAUAACAGGGAGCAUCUGGCUAUGAUGGAGAGAAUACUGGGGCCAGUGCCCUCCAGGAUGAUACGCAAGACAAGGAAGCAGAAAUAUUUUUACCGCGGCCGUCUGGACUGGGACGAAAGCUCAUCGGCUGGRAGAUACGUGAGGGAGAACUGCAAACCCUUACGAAGAUACCUGUUGUCGGAGGCUGAGGAGCACCAUCAGCUGUUUGACCUGAUUGAGAGCAUGCUGGAGUACGAGCCCACUAAGCGCCUGGUUUUGGCCAACUCCCUCAGACACCCUUUCUUCGAAUCGGGGACAGCAGGCGAUGCGGUGGGGGGGAAGAGCUGGGAGGGCAACCGCGACAUCAGCCGGUGACACAGGGCCUCCAGACUCUUAAGGAUAGAGGGAUUUAAGGUGGAGCAGACAGAUAGGACUGCUUAAGGUGGUGUAUCACAGCAUGAACCUGUUCCCUCCUGCUUACUAUACUGCCCCACCUCCACAGCCAGGAGAGGGGCUCAUGCUGGCAGCUAGAAGACCAGAAGAACUUCAGAAARGGACAGUCCUCUUAGUCCUCUCGGCUUCUACUCCCAACAGAAGACAUGAAGAGAUUAGAGUUUUUAGCCCAACCUUAAACUACCCAGCUCCAGUCUUCCGCAUGUAAAGAAAAGGACCGGUCUGGUCUAGGUCCAUUUAAGUGGAACACUAGUGAGAGCAAGAGGGACCCUCGCUACGAAAUCAAAUGUUGUGACCCUUUCGUUUGAUGUCAGACAAUUGGCGAAGAGGGGCAUUGUAACGUGUAAUGUGGUUAGUUCUUCCAUUUAAAGAGCACUAUUUAUUUGGGAACCAUCGAUCUGGACUAAUAUUAGCCAAUUGGAUGACAUGUUUUGUCAAUGAGUGAUUGACACAUCACAUUGUUUAUACAGGMCUCUCCUAUUGCUAUAUUUAUUUAUGUUACGUAAUGCUUUCGAGGAGAGGGAUUAUGCUGCCAUAUUGAUGUAAUAAUAGUACUCACGCCUAGACGUGUUUUCUCAGCUGGUCAUCUUGUCUGGGGAACUGACMCACACACACAACGCAAACUGCCUUUUAUACUUUGUGAUAGGAUCAGGCUUGUGGUCUAUGAGAGUGCACGUACCCACAGGGUCAUAGUAGUCAUGUGUGGCAUCCCAAUGCCACAUGCACACAGCAGCACAGUUUACAGUAUUUAUUAUGAGACGCUACUGCUGGUCCUCACCCUGUACAGUACUUUUUGUAUGAGAUUUAAAUGUAUAAAACUGUAUAUAUGUAUGAUUGUUUAGAAUURAAGUUAAGUCCUCCUUUGCCAGGGCUUAUAGUGCUGUUAAUGUGAGCUUUGGCCUCUGGCACAGUUAUGCGAAGGCUUUUUGUCUUAGAUGCUUGACUGUGUCUUUUGAAUCCCUGAUUUACCUUGUGACUGUAGCCCUUAGGAGGAUUUCUCUGUGUAUGUGUGUCUGGCAACUAGUGUUGGCAUAAGAUAUAGCAGGCUGACAGGAAACCCCUUAAUGACCCUGGCCUAUUGCUCUAUUUCAUAGUAUUUUACCACCAACUAUGCUACUACUAACCAAAUAGUCUGUAGCGCUACACUCUUCAUCUUUCCUUCAUUCUGAUCUUCUCCCCACCUCAACCCUAUUAGAGGAGGUCCAAGGUCCCUCCCCUCAGAUGUUCUACGCCAAUGUGUUUUGAGAAGGAAUAGGUAGAAUGCAAGGAAAGAUUGAGAUUCACCCAUGGAAACUCCUCUGAAGUCUGCCUUCCAGAUCUGACAUAGCAGGCUCACCCACGGGAAGGGCCAAGGACAAGAGGAUCUGCUGUGGCAGCCGCCUGGCAGGUGUACUUAACGUCAUGGGUACUCCUCCAUCUGUCACUAACUCGUCAUCUCUCUACUACCUUAGUCUCUUUGCCUCACUGUCCCUGGCCAGCUUUCCCUCGCUCCGUCUGUUUCUCCCAUCUGCUACCAUAAAAGUUAGAGCAAAGUUUAGCAAAGCAAGAAUCUGUAGAUAUAUGCUGG